AUGGAAGACGAAGAAGAUGAUUUCUACGAUCCUGCCGACACAGUGGCACCGGCUCAUGCCUCGAACAACACCCAGGACGCAGCUCCCGGCCAACACAUGGACGACAUGGAUGACGAGGAGGAGGUAGAGGUCGACUCCGACGAGGACGAUUUCAAUAUCAUCACAGAGGCGCCUGCCGACGCACCCCCUCCAGAGAUCUCCCAUCCACGCCAUGCAAGCUUACGACAAGACUCGCAACGGCCAUCCUCCGCAGACUCAUCGGCUGUCUCUAAAUCUGCGACCCCGUCUGCCACUCCUCGUCUCGAUGUCCCGACUCAGCUGCCUGGAACUGGCAGUGCUGCUCCCGCAAAACCCACCGUGCCCCAAAACCAAAAGCCAGGCUCCUCCUACCCAGCCAUUCAUACCUCUACUAUCGACGUCAAUGGCAAUCCCGUGCACCCUUCCACUGGGAAAACCAUCAUGGCUACGGACAUGGACACAGACUUUCCGGCUGAUGACAAGCCCUGGCGGCGGCCGGGCUCUGACGUCUCCGACUUCUUCAACUACGGCUUCGACGAAUUUACAUGGGUCAGCUAUUGUCUGAAGCAGCGGGAGACGCGCAAGGAGGUUGGCGAUCAGAAGCGACAGAUGGAUGAUAUGUCCUCGUUCUUAGGCAUGGGAAUGCCUCCGAUGCCUGGUGCACCACCUCCAGUCCCUGGACCCACGGCCGGCGGCCCACCAGCCAUGCCUGGUAUGCCCGGCAUGCCUGACAUGUCCCCUGAUAUGAUGCAGCAGAUGUUGGCGGGCAUGAUGGCUCAAGGAAUGGAUCCCUCUAACAUGGACCCAAUGGUCUUUAUGCAAAGCGCCCAGGCGAUGAUGGGUGGCCAGCCUGGCGGUGGUGGUCAGCAACAGAACUUUGGAGGCCAAGGACAGAACCAAGGCUUCGGUCAGGCUCCACAAGGUCAAAUGGGAUAUGGAGGCUACGACCAGCGCGGUAACUAUGGAGGCCGUGGACGUGGGCGGAGAUGGUAG